UUCUUCACAGAUCACACCAACCGAUGUGAUUUCGACGAAUGUGUUCCAACCCUCAUCCGGGCGUUCUUCGAGGCCAGGGCCAAGGCCUGCUGCUCAGAACGACGAGCUGAACGUCUCCUGCGGCGCAUUGACAAGGCAGAGGUCACUCAGGUAUGUUACCCUUCGGUACAACUGCAGUAA